AAAGAUAUUAAGGGUGAGAAGUUUUGAAAUUGACACCCCGUAUAUUUAAAACUGCGGUUUUCUUUGCCAUACAUAACAAUAUCAAAUCAAUAGCUCUGCGCCUGGUCAGAAUAUAAGCACUCUUAACCCGAUAUUUCGCUCUAAAAGACAAAAUAAAAAAUGUUAAUUUCAAUUUCUAUUACCAGCUAUGCACUUCCAACUAAUAGCUAAAUUUUAAUUCGAUCAAAGUAAAUAAUUCGAUAAGCAAUUUGAGGGCUGUGAAAAAUCUUAACAAUAAGCGGUUGUGUGAAAGAUAACAUAUAAGUGAAAAAUGGCAAUCGAAGGUUCGUAUGAAUAUGAAUGCAUGAGAGCAGAAUUACUGGGCAUUGAUAGGCCAGAUUACGAUGAAUUUAUGAAAAUUAAGGCCGAAAAGGCUGCGAAUGAAGAAGUGGAAUUGACAACUGAAUGUUUAAAGGAGACCCAUGCCCAGCAAGAGGGACUACACCAAGUGAGUGGUAAACUUCAUGAAUUGAACAGUAUUUUAAAGUCGACACAGAAGAAAAUAAAUAAUUUGACGGCACCAUUUUCUCGAUUUGUGCGGGCAAAAAUUGGAAUGCCUGCUUCAUCAAAUGAGCAAGACACCCGAACGACAAACUCUGAAAAUUUGGAAAUAAAUCCCGAAGAAUUUAAGGAACCCGACCGGGCCGACUCAAACGACGAGGCUCCUAAUCGAGAUCAUGUGCCUCUAAUUGAUAACUUAAUCGAUAAAUUCGAUAGGACCCAAAUCAGUAUGGAAGUACAAAACAAGCAAAUGAAAAAAUUUAUGAAGUAAUGUUCUCAUCAAAUAAGGUACACAUUAGGCUUUUUAUCCGUAACUCCAUUAUUUACAAACAAAAGAAACAAACUUGUAUAAAAAUAUUAACAUUUAUUGGGAACUUUACUUCGUUAUUAGUAAAUAAUAUGCAAAGUGUUGUCGAAAUGAAUGAAUGAAAGCAAUAUUAAAAUAUUGGCCAUAUACAUAUUUUUUACGUGCUAAAGAUAAUAGGAAAAUAAAUAAUUUGACUUAUACUUAGUAGUGCUACCCAAUUUUUAACACACUUCAUUAUUUCAAUUUCUUUUCAAUUGACUUUCGGGAACGGAGACAAGCAAAUUCAGCAGUUAGUGACAACAAAAGUUUUCAAAGCCUAUUUUAACUAACUAUCUAUUUUAACAUUGCUCAUUGCUUAACGUUGCAUAUACCAGUGCGCAGUGUCUGGUACAAUUUCCCGGCAAAUCCUUGAGUAGAAUGAAUGCGAAGUGAACAUUUUUAAAUAUAAAAUACAAAAUCAUAAUUAUUUCAAAGAAGCUCAGUUUUUCACAAAAAUAAAUUUGCAAUAACAAUUUGUCAGCAAAUUAGUUUUGACGAGUUGAAUUGCAGUUUUAAAUGGCAACUCUCGGAGGAAGAUUCGAUAUACUGUCUAUAAAAUGCACAUAAAUAACAUAAAAUCCUACUUGACUUGAUUAUUUUCAGGGGAGACACUAAGAACUUCCCAGUAUACUCUAAGCAAAUAACGAAAAUUAUUUGUAGACAAAUUAAAAAUUCUUCUAAAAUUGUAAGUAACAUUUAGAAAAAUUGUUAUAUUGGGAGACAUAAACAGCAGAACAGGUAAAAAGACCAUGGGCCGAUUUGGAGAAAAGAUUUUUAACAUCAAUGAAAACCGAUUAAUUACCGUAUGCGACCAACUAGACUUAAAAAUUCAAAAUAAAUUUUCCCAACACAGGGAAAUGCACAGAUAUACCUAGACCAAACCCUUCCGAAAUCUGGAAUUACUAAUUUCUUAUUAUUCUUUAAUCUUAUUACUAAACAAAAGACAAAACUAGAAAUCCAAGAGAUCAAAGUAAAACGCGGACCAACAUGCGGAAGUGAUCAUUAUAACCUGGAAGCCAAAAUUCUCUUUCCUAAUUAAGGCCAAAAUCUUCACCAAUAACAGCUGGAAGACUCAGGGGAUAGAAAAAUUGAUCACUUAUAGAUAAAAGCCUAUAUAAAAAAGGAGAACUCAAAGAAAAACUCAAGGCACAUUCAGGAGAAAAUCCAAAUGAAGAGUAUGAUUACAUUCAGCAUUACAUCUAGCCGUAAAAAAUCACUAGAUUUAAUGGAAGAAAAAUCGAAGAGGAGAAAACCAUAUUGAUGGGGUGCGAAGAUUGAGAGAGAAAUAGAGGAAGAAUGCCAGAUAAAAAUUCAAGAGCGCACAAUCCAAGGUAAGAAGAAUGAUUAGUGACAAUAAAAAUGUAGCAUGAACGCAAAGGCGCCAGAAAAUAGACUCUUAUUUAGGAGGUCGAAGAAGUACCGAAAGUUAGAAGACGAUAAAAUCAAUUAGAAAAGAAAAGACCAGAGUGAUAAUUUCGCCAAUAUCAGACAAUGAAUGGGAUGCACACUUUAAAAAACUUUUAACGGAAGAAAAAGUCGAAUUUAAAGAAGAAGAAGUAAAUGGUGCAUUUAGAACGAUAGGAUCUACAAUACCCUUAACUAUAAAAAAGUAAAGAAAAAAAAACUUGUAAAGUCUAUACUAAUUUUGUUUUUACUGAAUACCGUUGUUAAUACCAACUAAAUUUGGUUCACCGACUGAAUUUGUCACACAGUCUUAUCAGUUAAAAUUAAAAUGCAAUGUUUUUUUUUAAAUGUUUUUACGUUAUUCUCCAUUAACCUGUUAAGAGCGAAGCCGCCAAUUUUAAAAAAUCCCGUACAUUGAGCCCAAUAUGUUAAACCGUUAAAACGUCCGGUGUAUUACGUAUAAUUAAAGCAAUAUACUUAGUAGUUAAAACAUAAUGUUACUUUUAUACAAAAUAAUUUAAUAUUCUCGAAUGAACAGAAUUCAUCAACUCGAAUCAACUGAAAUAUUGCCCGACUAAUUAAUGAUUUGUAAUUAAUACAAUAUUUGUAAUUAAUAAAAUAUUUAAUUUAUUCGUUUCAACUAAUCAGUAAGAUAUAAGAAAAACUACGAGUAUGCCAGGUGAAUUAAAAUAGCAUUUGUUUUUCAUGUUGUUGAGGGCUAUAAAGAUACCAGAACCACAUACUUUUGCUUGCAAUCUACACUGAGCUUUUUGCUAAAAGGGCAAUCUUAAAUAUACCUACCUACUUUUUCUAAUAAAAAUGAUGAUACAAAGAUCUGAGCUUGUUCUGAAGUAAAAUCUCCGAAAGUUACAAAAAACGAAAAAAUUCUUAGUAUUUUUCUCUCUUCAACUAAGUUCCCAUGAAUUAAACAGUUGAAUCAUGUCGAUUUUGAAUCAUGUUGGAAAACAACAUCUAUGUAAAUAUUUGUGAAGAAUUGUCAUGAUGAAAACCAAUCACUCAAAUUGGAAAGCUGAUAAUAAAAUUAUUGUUAAGUAUUUUAAGGUCAUUAAGAUACCUAUUAAGUGUUGUGCUCAUUGCGAUUGGAUCUUCCUAAAAGUUUUUAUUAUUACUAGGUUUCGAUGUUAUUAAACAAAUAUAUAAAUUAUAUAUAUUUGUAUAC